AUGCAGAUCACAAGCGUUUGGAAAUGGAGUUCACAAGUACAGGCCAUAUUUGUUUCCGGAAACAAUGUUACUGACAUAAUUCCAACUGAGAUUGGAAACUUUAAGCAACAACUUGAGCUUGAUCUUUCUUCAAAUCAUAUAUCUGGAAAGGUUCCGAAUGAACUUGGAGAGUUAACGCCUUUGCUGAAGCUAGCUUUGAAUCAAAAUCAACUUUCUGGAGCUAUACCUUCAGAACUUGGAUCUCUGACCAAGCUUGAGUACAUGGACUUGUCCACAAACAGAUUGAGCGAGUCAAUUCCAGAAGAUAUUUGGGACUUGGACAAACUACACUACUUGAAUUUGAGCCACAACAAGUUGAACAAAGCAAUUCCAAAGCAGCUGGGUGAGUUUGUUCGCCUGCUGCGGCUAGAUUUGGGUCAUAACAUGCUAACAGGAAAGAUCCCGACAGAAUUCACAAAACUUGAGAGCUUGGAGGAACUUAUUCUCUCUCAUAAUAAUCUCUCUGGUUUCAUCCCCAAGGCUUUUAAAGAAAUGCACGUUUUGUGGAAUGUUCAUAUAUCCUACAACUGGUUGCAUGGUCCAAUUCCCUAUAGCAAACCUUGUCAACAUGCUUCUAUAGAAGUUCUACGUGGUAACAAAGAAUUGUUCGACAACGUUAAUGGUUGGAGCUCGGGGCAAAAGCAAAUAUUGAGGAAGCGCAAGAAAAUUGUGCUUCUGGAGAUGGGCAAUCUAGCCACAAUGUCAAGUAAUGAAGAAGCUACGAAAGAAUUCGAUUGGGAUAAAAGGUUGAAUGAUGUGCCUCAAUAUGGCACACACAUAGGCCAAUUUCUUGCACACCAUGGGCUAAGUCAAGAAUGGGCUAGGAAGCAUGCUAGAAGGGGGAGGAGUCAAAGUUCCACCCAAUGGAGGUCCAUCAAUGGCGAAAAAUUUCAUGAUAUGAUGCCUUUAUGUGUAUAUCAACUAAUCAAGAGUUGUGCAUGGCAAUCAACCUUUGUUCAUGGUGCCAUCAUUAUGUUUGUCUCUUUCAAUCCAUCACAAGUGUGCAAGAAUCAAAAAGCCUUUAGCAAGUUCAAGAAGGAGAAUUUGAUGAUGAACAAGGGUGUGGCAAAUGCCUUGCCAUACAUGCACCAUGACUGCUUACCACCAAUUAUUCAUAGAGACAUAUCAAGCAAGAAUAUUCUACUAGAUUCAGAAUUUGAAGCUCUUGUUCCAGACUUCAUCAUAGCUAAGCUUCUCAAUCUAGACUUUUCCAAUCAAUCUAUGCUAGCAGGCACAUAUGGAUAUAUAGCAACUGAACUUGCCUACGUAAUGAAGGUCACUGAAAAAUGCAAUAUAUAUAGCUUUGGAGUGUUGGCAUUGGAAAUCAUCAAUAGAAAGCAUCCAGGUGAUUUAAUCUCAAGAAUUUCACACAAUCUGCAGAUAUUGAGUAUCAAAUGGACGGGACCUUUGCAGCUUAAUGUUUCUAAUGCUUUUCUUCAUGGUGAUUUUGACAAUGAUGUGUCGUUGUAUGGUCUUCGCCAAGCACCAAGUCAAUGGUAUAAAGGGCUUGCUGCAAAUUUGUCAUAUGUUGGUUUCAAGGUGUCUAACGCCGAUUCUUCUUUGUUCUACUCCUCCACGCCUACUUGUCAGAUUCUUUGA